GAGAGAGAGAGAGAGAGAGAGAGAGAGAAGAGACAGAGAGUAGGAAGAGGCAUUCGCUCUCUUAGACCUUGCUUCUUUCUGUGGUUUGGUUUCUAUAGAGACACUUCCUGUGGCAGAGAAAAGAGGUAGUGAGCUGGUGUUUCAGGAUGUAAGGGCCCGCAGGAGCAGAGCGAGCUCUCUCCACUGCCUGCUACCGGAGAGCUCUGGCCGGUGCUUCCACAAUCCUUGUGGUGGAUGCCCCCCUACCCCCGAGUCGGGGACCCAAGAUCACCGGAGGAAUGCCAGGGAAGCCCAAGCACUUGGGUGUCCCCAACGGGCGCAUGGUUCUGGCCGUCUCUGAUGGAGAACUGACCAGCACAGCAGGCUCCCAGGGCCAAGGUGAGGGCAGAGGAAGCUCCCUCAGCAUUCACAGCCUCCCCAGCGGCCCCAGCAGCCCCUUCUCCACCGAGGAGCAGCCCGUGGCCAGCUGGGCCCUGUCCUUUGAGCGGCUGCUGCAGGACCCGCUGGGCCUGGCGUACUUCACAGAGUUCCUGAAGAAGGAAUUCAGCGCAGAGAACGUAACUUUCUGGAAAGCCUGUGAGCGCUUCCAGCAGAUCCCAGCCAGUGACACCAAGCAGCUAGCUCAGGAGGCCCACAACAUCUACCAUGAGUUCCUGUCCAGCCAGGCGCUGAGCCCGGUGAACAUCGACCGACAGGCCUGGCUCAGCGAGGAGGUUUUGGCCCAGCCCCGGCCCGACAUGUUCCGGGCACAGCAGCUUCAGAUCUUCAACCUGAUGAAGUUCGACAGCUACGCGCGCUUCGUCAAGUCCCCGCUGUACCAAGAAUGCCUGCUGGCCGAGGCCGAGGGGCGCCCCCUGCGGGAGCCCGGCUGCCCGCGCCUGGGGAGCCCCGCCGCGGCGCGGAAGAAGCCGAAGCUGAAGCCCGGGAAGUCCCUGCCGCUGGGCGUGGAGGAGCUGGGGCAGCUGCCGCCUCCCGAGGGCGCCUGCGGCCGCCCUCUCCGCAAGUCCUCCCGUGGAGAGAUGACCGGUGGGGCCGCGAACCCAGCCCUGCGGAGGGAGUCUCAGGGGUCCCUGAAUUCUUCCGCCAGUCUGGACCUGGGCUUCCUGGCCUUUGUGAGCAGCAAAUCCGAGAGUCACCGAAGGAGCCUUGGAAGCGGAGAGGGGGAAAGCGAGAGCCGGCCGGGGAAGUACUGCUGUGUGUACCUGCCGGACGGCACCGCCUCCUUGGCCUUGGCUCGACCUGGCCUCACCAUCCGUGACAUGCUGGCAGGCAUCUGCGAGAAGAGAGGCCUUUCUCUGCCUGACGUUAAGGUCUACCUGGUGGGCAAUGAACAGAAAGCCUUGGUCCUGGAUCAGGAUUGCACGGUGCUGGCGGACCAGGAAGUGCGGCUGGAAAACAGGAUCACCUUCCAGCUGGAGUUAACUGAGCUGGAGCGCGUGGUGAGGAUCUCGGCUAAGCCCACCAAGCGCCUGCAGGAGGCGCUGCAGCCCAUCCUAGCAAAGCAUGGCCUGAGCCUGGAUCAGGUGGCCCUGCACAGGCCGGGGGAGAAGCAGCUGCUGGAUUUGGAGAAGCUGGUGAGCUCAGUGGCCUCACAGACACUGGUUUUGGACACUCUUCCGGGUGCGAAGAUGAGUGAAGCCAGCAGCCCAUCCCCCUGCCGCAGCAGCCAGGGAUGCCUCCCUAGGACCCAGAACAAGGACGCUUAUCUUCCUCCAUUGCCCCCCAGUUUGCUGGUGGAAGACGCCAGCGUUUCUGCUGGGAACCGGCAGACCUGUGACAUAGAAGGUGAACUGUCUAGUGGAGCUGCUGAACCGCGUGCAGAGCAGUGGGGCCCACGACCAGAGGGGACUUCUUCGAAAAGAGGACCUGGUACUUCCAGAAUUUCUGCAGCUCCCUUCCCAAAGACCAGGCUCUCAGGAGGCUCCGCCAUAGACUUGACUCACCUACACAGCCUGGGGAGGGCCCUUCAGACUCCACUGCCCACCAGCCCUCUGACGCCCGUGUAACAGUCCAGGCUGGCUGCAUGGUGCCUGGGCGGACCAAGCAUGCCCCGGGUCCGCUCUGCACGUCUGCCCUGUCUGUGCCAUGUGUGUCCCUGGCCCCUUUCUGCUAUGGGCAGGCCCACAGAGGGAGCCAGGAAGGGAUGGAAGGGGAACUCAGAGAGGCCACACUCCCAAGCUGAACACCUGUUCCCUUGUGGGUACCUACCCAUUCCUCACACUAGGCCAUGAGGGGCAGGUGGGCCUAGCUCCUUGGCAUAAGCAUACUGACCAGGAAAGGGCCUUUGGCAGUACCGGCCUCCUCCACUUGUUCUAGGCUUUAGCAGGGGGCAGGGGAGGGGCUGGCCCCUCCUUAAAGAGUUGAUAUAAGUAAGGCCCGGGCGUGCUGGUGGGCAACCCCUCCAUCCACGUGGACUCUACUGUACAUACAGAUUUUAUGGUUGGCUUGGGGCAGCUGGGCUUGUCCUGGAUGUAUGAUAUUGUUACGGUAAUAAUUAUUGUUAUUCUGCCAUGA